UCUGGUGUUACUACUGAUGAAGAGGAGGAGAAAAAGAUAAAGAAAAUAGUGGAUGUUGGAUGUGGGAUCGGAGGAAGCUCAAGGUAUCUUGCCUCUAAGUUUGGAGCCGAGAGCAUUGGCAUUACUCUCAGCCCUGUUCAGGCCAAAAGAGCCAAUGAUCUCGCAGCUGCUCAAUCACUCGCUCAUAAGGUUUCCUUCCAAGUUGCGGAUGCGUUGGAACAGCCAUUUGAAGACGGAAAAUUCGAUCUGGUAUGGUCGAUGGAGAGCGGUGAGCAUAUGCCUGACAAGGCUAAGUUUGUGAACGAGUUGGUACGUGUAGUGGCUCCUGGAGGAAGAAUAAUAAUAGUGACAUGGUGCCACAGAAACCUAUCCGAGGGGGAGAAAGCUUUGCAGCCAUGGGAGCAAAACCUCUUGGACAGAAUCUGCAAGACAUUCUAUCUCCCGGCUUGGUGCUCCACCGAUGAUUACGUCCACUUGCUUCAAUCCCAUUCUCUCCAGGAUAUUAAGUGUGCAGAUUGGUCAGAGAAUGUAGCUCCUUUCUGGCCGGCUGUUAUACGAACAGCGUUGACGUGGAAGGGCCUUGUGUCUCUGCUUCGUAGUGGAAUGAAGAGUAUAAAAGGAGCGUUGACAAUGCCACUCAUGAUCGAAGGUUACAAGAAAGGUGUCAUUAAGUUUGGCAUCAUCACUUGCAGGAAGCCCCUCUAAGUCUAAAAAAACUAAAACAAUUUGGCGCUGUUAUCAGUUAUUCACAUACACUACUAGAUGAAUUGAAUAAGAGUCACUAUGUGAAAGCAUAAUGAGAUUCCGCCGUAUUUUAUUUUAGAUCAAGUAAAAUUUUCAGUCUUUUAGAGGUCUUUUCUCCAAUAUAUAGUUAUCUUCAGUUUAUUGUUCGGUUAAAGAUAAUAAUGUUUUAUAUAUUAA